AUGAAGAUGAAAGUGGCGGUGGUGGGUGCCGGAAUAAGUGGGCUGGUGGCUUCACAUGUUUUGGCAGAAGAAGGUGUGAAUGUGACAUUGUACGAGAAAGAGGUUUACUUGGGCGGCCAUGCCAACACCGUUACAAUUGACGGCGUUGACCUUGAUCUCGGCUUCAUGGUCUUCAAUCGUGUGACUUAUCCCAAUAUGAUGGAAUUCUUUGAGAGUCUUGGUGUUGAUAUGGAGAUUUCUGACAUGUCAUUCUCAGUGAGCCUAGACAAAGGCAGAGGCUGUGAAUGGGGCAGCCGAAAUGGUCUCUCCGGCUUGUUUGCGCAGAAGAAGAACUUACUCAAUCCUUAUUUUUGGCAAAUGAUUCAAGAAAUCAUCAAGUUUAAGGAUGAUGUUUUAAGUUAUGUUGAACAGCUAGAGAGGAAUCCAGAUAUAGAUAGAAAUGAGACAUUGGGGCAGUUUAUCAAGUCACAUGGUUAUUCGGAGUUAUUUCAGAAGGCCUAUCUUGUUCCAAUAUGUGCUUCAAUCUGGUCAUGUUCUUCAGAAGGAGUGCUGAACUUCUCUGCUUAUUCUAUUCUUUCCUUUUGCCGGAAUCACCAUCUUCUUCAGCUCUUUGGCCGCCCGCAGUGGCUCACAGUGAGAUGGCGCUCACAUAAAUAUGUCUCAAAGGUUCGCGAUGAUCUAGAAAAGAAAGGCUGUCAAAUACGAAAUGACUGUGAAGUGAGUGCUGUUUCAAAUAAUGAUGAUGGCUGCAUUGUUACUUGUAAGGAUGGUACCCAGGCGACUUACGAUGUGUGCAUAGUGGCUGCCCAUGCUCCGGAUGCUCUGAAAAUGUUAGGGGAAGAUGCGACUUUCGAAGAAUCAAGAAUACUCGGUGCCUUCCAGUAUGCCUACAGUGACAUUUACCUUCAUCGUGACAAAACUUUAAUGCCCAAAAAUCCAGCAGCGUGGAGUGCUUGGAAUUUUCUUGGAACUGUGGAUAACAAAGUAUGCGUAACAUAUUGGCUAAACCUUCUCCAGAAUCUUGGGGAAACCGAGCUCCCUUACUUGGUGACUCUAAAUCCACCUCAUACACCAGAGCAUACUUUACUUAAGUGGCAAACAGGCCAUCCGGUUCCAUCUGUAACAGCCUCAAAAGCUUCGACUCAACUUUACCAGAUCCAGGGGAAAAGGAAAAUAUGGUUCUGUGGAGCAUAUCAAGGAUAUGGAUUCCAUGAAGAUGGGUUAAAGGCUGGUAUGAGUGCUGCACAAAGCUUGCUCUUCAAGAGUUGUACUUUGCUGGAGAACCCCAAGCAUAUGGUACCUUCCUGGACAGAAUCCGGGGCACGCAUUUUGGUUACUAGAUUUCUCAGCAGUUUUAUUGCCACUGGAUGCUUAAUUUUACUAGAAGAAGGCGGUACAAUGUUCACCUUCGAAGGAACAACAAAGAAAAACUUCCUGAAAGUUUCUAUAAAAGUUCAUACUCCGCAGUUUUAUUGGAAGGUCGCGACUCAAGCCGAUUUAGGCCUGGCAGAUGCUUACAUUAAUGGGGAUAUUUCUUUCGUAGACAAAGAUGAAGGAUUGCUCAACCUAUUUAUGAUUUGCAUUGCCAAUAGAGAUUUAAAUGCUUCUGCUCCAAGUUCUAGUUCCAAAAGGGGAUGGUGGACACCAUUGCUUUUGACAGCAGGAUUAGCAUCUGCAAAGUAUUUCUUCCAACAUGUUUCUAGGCAAAAUACUUUAACUCAGGCUCGGCGAAACAUUUCUCGGCAUUAUGACCUGAGUAAUGAACUUUUUUCUCUGUUCCUGGAUGAGUCAAUGACAUACUCAUGUGCAAUAUUUAAGUCGGAAGAUGAGGACUUGAAAAUCGCACAGUUGCGAAAGGUUUCUUUGCUGAUCGAAAAGGCCAGAAUCAGUAAGGAACACCAUGUACUAGAAAUUGGAUUCGGUUGGGGAACUUUAGCAAUUGAGGUUGUUAGAAGAACAGGUUGCCAAUACACCGGAAUCACCCUUUCUGAAAAACAACUGAUGUAUGCAGAACAAAAAGUGAAGGAAGCUGGAUUACAGGAUCACAUAAAAUUUAUUCUUUGUGACUACCGACAAUUGCCAGAUACCUAUAAAUACGACAGAAUCAUAUCAUGUGAAAUGUUAGAAGCUGUAGGUCAUGAAUUCAUGGAAAAGUUUUUCAGCAGCUGCAACUCUGUAUUAGCAGAAAAUGGGAUAAUGGUUCUACAGUUCAUUUCGAUACCGGAUGAAAGAUACGAUGAGUACAGGCGAAGCUCAGACUUCAUAAAGGAAUACAUAUUUCCAGGAGGUUGUUUACCCUCAUUAAGCAGAGUAGCAACAGCCAUGGCAUCCGCAUCAAGACUCUGUGUGGAACAUCUGGAAAAUAUUGGUAUCCAUUACUAUCAGACUCUAAGAUGUUGGAGAAAAAACUUCCUGGAAAAACAAAGUGAAAUCAUGGAAUUGGGUUUCGACAAAAAGUUCAUCAGGACAUGGGAAUACUACUUUGAUUACUGUGCAGCUGGAUUCAAAACUUGUACCCUUGGAAACUAUCAGGUUGUAUUUUCACGACCUGGGAAUGUUGUAUCAUUCGGUGACAUACAGCAAGGUGUACCAUCAGCUUAUUGA